UCGAGUGCAGCGAGUGGUGUGCGGCGGCCCUGGGGCGGUGGGGCCAUGGGCACGCGUGAGCCGCACGUGCUGGUGGACACCACGCCCGCCAAGACCAUCCUGGUGUACCGCAACGGGGACGCGUUCUUCGCGGGCCGGAGGUUCGUGCUGCCGCGGCGCCGCGUGGCCACCUUCGAGGCGCUGCUGGACCAGCUGACCGAGCAGGUGGAGGCGCCGUUCGGCGUGCGGCGCCUGUUCACGCCGACGCGCGGGCACCCGGUGCUCGAGCUGCAGGCGCUGCAGGCGGGCGGCAAGUACGUGGCGGCCGGCCGCGAGCCCUUCAAGAAGCUCGAUUAUAUUCAUAUAGCUCCCAGAAAACCCGCAAAGAUGAGAAGGUUGAAGGAAAUCAAACCAGUGGUACAUUAUGAUAUGAAUGUGCCUUCCAGGUGGCAAACAUUUCACCGUACCUCCCGGCACGUUAAUGUUUUCACAAAUGGAAGACUAUUUAUCCCACCUGUAAAAAUUAUCAUACCCAAAUUCAGUCUGACGGAAUGGAAUAGUGUGCUGGCCAUGAUUGGGGAGAAAGUCUUCCCUCUAGGAGGCGUGCGAAAAUUAUUUACCAUGAAUGGGCAUCUCUUGGACAACUCAAAGGAUCUGCAAGACAACCACUUCUACGUUGCCGCCGGACUGGAGACCUUCAAAUAUUUCCCUUACUGGAAAUCCUCCAAGGUGCCCAGUGAGGUCCAACAAAAGUAUGCAGACAUCGAGAAAUACUCACGAAGAAAGAAAAAAGAGGAUUCCAAAGGAAAAGAACCUCAUAAAUACGACAACAUUCCCCAGAAGGAACAGGAUUCUGUUUUUUAUGCCAAAGAGGGAAAGAAGAAAACACUAGAAGAACCUUUAAUGCAAAGCAGCGCAGAAGGUGACGUGUAUAAAGCCCAGACUCCUCCCACAGAAGCCCAGGGAGCCUCGGAAGUCAAAGAGGACAAGGAAGUGCAGGUGGAGGUGCCUGUGGACCAGACACCAGCGGAGAUAGUUAAGGAAGACGAAGAGAUACAUAAUAGCCCCCCUGAUUUUGAAGGCAACAAGGAAGACAAUUCACGAAUGUCUUUUAAGAAAAGUGUUCCCUUAAGACACAACACGAAGAAAAAAGCAGCCUCGCUAGGUGACACUCCUCAUUUUCCGGAGGGGAACAGAAUGACAACCUGCCUUGUCCUCGGUGACACAGCAUCUCUCAAGAACCUCAGCAAGAAUAAAAAAGUGGUUCCAUUUCCUGAAAAAGGACGAUAUGACAUUCUAGAGGGAAAAAACACACCUAUACUACUAGAAACCCCAGUAAAAAUAGAAGACCAAAAAGAACCACCAAUGGGACAACAAUCACUAGAAUCAUCAUCGACACAAUCAGAAGAACAACCUGAGGAACAAGAAUUGCUCAAAGAGCCAUCUUGGGAACAACCAUCUCAAGAACAGAUACCUGAGAAGCAAGAAUCAUUUGAACAGCCAUCCUUCGGACAACCAUCCCAAGAACAGAUACCUGACAAGCAAGAAUCAUUUGAACAACCAUCAGUGGGACAAAAAGAGAUGACCCAGGGAGAAAAAACUAAACAACAAAUACCAUGAAAACAAAAUAUCAGCCAGGUUGUAAAGAACAACAGUCAGAAGCUAGAAAGGAUCAUAAAGCAAAUGAAAAUAAAAUUAGACAUUUUUUCACAUUAUACAGAAGAGGUAUGCUAGUACAAUAUUAAAAUUGUGCAUUUCAUAUUUUGGUGGCCAGAAUUAAAAAAGAAUGACUAAGACUAAAUUCAUCUGGAAUUCCUUCUUCUGUUCCCUGAAUGUAAAGCUGGAAGGGGAGGAAGUGAUUAGUGAGACCUAUGUAUAUUGCCACCUUUCUCAGACUUUCAUUUCUUACAGUAUCAGUCUAUAGCUGGUAUUCCAGAGUGACUCAUCUGCCCUGAAAAUGGCAUAUAUUUACAUAGUGAUCUAUGAUUAA